UCCCCGCCAUUCCAGACAUGGCGGCUCCGCUAGGCGGCAUGUUCUCUGGACAGCCACCCGGGCCUCCGCCGCCCCCGCCCGGACUCCCGGGCCAGGCUUCGCUUCUUCAGGCGACGCCAGGCGCGCAGAGACCUUCCAACAGUACUUUGGUGGACGAGUUGGAGUCAUCUUUCGAGGCUUGCUUUGCUUCUCUGGUGAGUCAGGACUAUGUCAAUGGCACUGAUCAAGAAGAAAUUCGAACUGGUGUUGACCAGUGUAUCCAGAAAUUUCUAGAUAUUGCAAGACAGACAGAAUGUUUUUUUCUACAAAAAAGAUUGCAGUUAUCUGUUCAGAAACCAGAGCAAGUUAUCAAAGAGGAUGUCUCGGAGCUAAGGAAUGAAUUACAGCGGAAGGAUGCGCUGGUCCAGAAGCACUUGACAAAGCUGAGGCACUGGCAGCAGGUGCUGGAGGACAUCAGUGUGCAGCACAAAAAGCCAGCCGACAUCCCUCAGGGUUCCUUGGCCUACCUGGAACAGGCGUCAGCCACUAUCCCUGCCCCUCUGAAGCCGACCUGAGGGAGGGGGCAGCUGCAGCCUGAGAGCGCGCGUGUGUCUGAGGCAGCUUCGGACCGUUUGCCACGCACUGCUUCUGGUGGAUGUGGCGUUUUGCAAGAACUCUUUAUUCUCACUUGAAAUUUUUCCACUAUUUUUAUAAGCUGUUUAAUGUCUUAAAAUACUUUAUGUUUUUUUGCUUUGUAAAUUUUUGUAUGAUUUUUCAUCUCCUUGUGUGUGUUUCCAGUUAGGUUAGUUUGUUUGAUCUGAGAGAAAAAACAAUAAUAGUCUGAGAAUGGGGGAUGAGGAUUUUGCUUGUAGGCCUUUUAUGAUAAUUACCCUACCAUGGUAGUGUAGAAAAAUAGGUAAACCUGCUGUGUUUUACCUUUGAACUACCUCAAGAAGAGAAAUCUAAUGCAACAAUGUUUAUAGUACUUCCAGAGCUCUGAGAAUGAGGACAUUUUGUAAAUAAGUAGGAAGAGGAUUAAAAUAUCCUGGGUUAUAUAGUAAUAUUGCAGUAGAAUCCCCAGGCUAAUGCUGACUUAUUUGGGGUAAGUUUAUAUUUUGCGUAGUGUUUAUUUACUGUUUUUGAUAGGGAGGGAUGUAGUAGGAGCAGUGCUAUGCUAAAUUUUGUUGGGUUCUGCGGUAAUGAAUCAGUGAAAGUAAUGGGAUGGACUGUGUCUCAGUACUGUGACAGUUGGGGCACAGGUGAAAUAUGAGGUGUUAAAGUUUGCUCUGGUUUUCUCUUAGUUUUGAGUUUUUGCUUGUGCCGUUUUUAUUUUGCAUCUUGGGAGAGAGAUAUUUUGCAUUAAGAAUAAUUGUUGCUAAUGCAUUUGAUUCCAGGGGACUGGGGUCUCGGGGUGGCUUGGCUACUUCCACAAAGAGUAUGUGGAGCCUCCGCGUUUGGGAAGACACUUUACUCUCUUGCUAGUUUCAUAGGCCACCUCAGAUUGCCUGAAUUACUGUUGGAAAAUACAGACUAGUGUUGUUUUCUG